AUGGGACUUUGCAAGUGCCCCAAGAGGAAGGUGACCAACCUAUUUUGCUUCGAACAUCGGGUCAACGUCUGCGAGCACUGCAUGGUAGCCAACCACACUAAGUGCAUCAUCCAGUCUUACCUGCAAUGGCUCCAAGACAGCAACUAUAACCCCAAUUGCAGCCUGUGCAACAUGCCCCUGACUGCCCGGGAGACCACCCGCCUCAUCUGCUUCGAUCUCUUCCACUGGGCCUGCCUAAACGAGCGUGCCGCCCAGCUACCCCAAAACACAGCGCCUGCUGGCUACCAGUGCCCCAACUGCAAUGGCCCCAUCAUUCCCCCGGCCAACAUCGCUGGCCCCGUGGCCUCGGCGUUGAGGGAGAAGCUGACCACAGUCAACUGGGCACGGGCAGGACUGGGCCUUCCUCUGAUCGACGAGGUGGAGAGCCCAGAGCCUGAGCCCCUCAACACCUCUGACUUCUCUGACUGGUCCAGCUUCAAUACCAGUGGAACCCCUGGACAAGAGGAGACAGCCAGCGCCUCUGCUGUCACACCCUUGCACAGCCUGGCCCCUCAGCCCCCAGCCUCCUCAGACCGGCCUGAGCAGCACACGGUGAUCCACAUGGGUGGGCCCGAGCCCUUGACACACGCGCCAAGGAAGGUGUAUGACACGAGGGAAGACGAUCGGGGACCGGGCCUCCUUGGUGACUGUGACGAUGACAAGUACCGCCGCCGGCCUGCCUUGGGCUGGCUGGCCCAGCUGCUGAGGAGCCGGGCCGGGCCUCGGAAGCGACCUCUGACCAUGCUGCAGCGGGCAGGGCUGCUGCUGUUGCUUGGACUGCUGGGCUUCCUGGCCCUCCUGGCCCUCAUGUCUCGCCUGGGCCGGGCCGCAGCCGACAGCGACCCCAACUUGGACCCACUUAUGAACCCUCACAUCCGUGUGGGGCCCUCCUGA